CGCUAUCUACUUCUACAACCUACCAGUUGGCUACAGAGACACUUCAAUCUCUGGUAUAGAUCUUACACGUGCACAACCAAAUCCUAGCUCAGACGCGCGCGGCAGCAUGAGCGGCACAAGUACUCCGACGGCGGCGGGCGAGAAGCCGCACGUCGUGUGCAUGCCGUUCCCGGCGCAGGGGCACGUGACGCCGAUGAUGAAGCUGGCCAAGAUCCUCCACGGCAGGGGCUUCCACGUCACCUACGUCAACUCCGCGUACAACCACCGCCGCUUCGUCCGCUCCCGUGGCGCCGGCGCAGUCGCGGGCCUCCCGGGCUUCAGCUUCGCCACCAUCCCGGACGGCCUACCGCCGUGCGACGCGGACGCCACGCAGGACACGGUGGCGCUCUGCUACUCCACCAUGACCACCUGCCUGCCCCACUUCAAGGCCCUCCUCGCCGACCUCAACCGCCGCGCGGCCGCCGGCGAUGCGCCCCCAGUGACGUGCGUGGUGGCGGACGGCUGCCUCACCUUCAGCAUCGACGCCGCGGCGGAGCUCGGUGUGCCGUGCGCGCUGCUGUGGACGGCCAGCGCGUGCGGCGCCCUGGCCUACCACCACUUACGCCUCUUCGUGGACAAGGGCCUUGUCCCUCUCAAAGACGCGGAGCAGCUGACGAACGGGUUCCUGGACACGCCGGUGGACUGGGCGCGCGGGAUGAGCAAGCACAUGCGGCUCCGAGACUAUCCGAGCUUCCUGCGAACCACGGACCCCGGCGACAAGAUGCUCGAGUACGGGCUCCACGAGAUGGAGCACUGCAAGGACGCGGCCGCCAUCAUCUACAACACCUUCGACGAGCUGGAGCAGCCGGCGCUCGACGCCCUGCGGGCCGACUUCACGCCGGCGGCCUACACCGUCGGCCCGCUCAGCCUCCUCGCCGAGCAGCUCGUCCCGGCGGGCGGCCCGCUCGACGCGCUGGGCUCCAGCCUCUGGAAGGAGGACAGCACGUGCCUCGAGUGGCUCGGCGGCAGGUCAGCGCGGUCCGUGGUGUACGUCAACUACGGGAGCAUCACCGUGAUGACCAACCAGCAGCUGCUGGAGUUCGCGUGGGGCCUGGCGGGCAGCGGCUACGACUUCCUGUGGGUCAUCAGGCCCGACCUGGUGGCCGGCGACGCCGCCGUGCUGCCCCCGGAGUUCAUGGAGGCGACGCGGGGGAAGGGCCUCCUGGCGAGCUGGUGCCCGCAGGAGGCGGUGCUGCGGCACGAGGCGGUGGGUGUGUUUCUGACGCACAGCGGGUGGAACUCCACGCUGGAGAGCCUCUCCGGCGGGGUGCCCAUGCUGUCGUGGCCCUUCUUCUCCGAGCAGCUGACGAACUCCCUGUACAAGCGGUUGGAGUGGGGCGUGGCGUUGGAGGUGGGCGGCGACGCGCGGCGCGACGUGGUGGAGGAGAGGAUAAGGGAGGUGAUGGCCGGGGAGAAGGGGAAGGAGAUGAGGAAGAGGGCGGCGGAGUGGAAGGAAGCCGCUGCGCGAGCGACGCGGCCCGGGGGCAGCUCGUUCAACAACCUGGACAGGCUGAUCAAAGAUGUUCUGCUCAAAAGGAGUUAGAGGCUCUUAUAGCUUGCACUGUCGAGCAAAUUUCAGAAUAUUUUCCUGGGAAUGGUCUGUAACUCUGUACAUCAUGUUGUGGUAAAUUAAGUUUGAAAUUCAUGCAUUCAAAAUA